CCCGUUCUCCAAUAGACAGACAGGAUAUCUCCGAUAAAGCCUGUGGCGGGUGCAUUUCUCUCUCUCUCUCUCUUCGGCGGUUGCUUCGCUAAGAUUCUCUCUGUGCGUUUUAGGGUUAGGGUUUUCUUUUUCUUCCUUUCUUCCAUCCCGGGCUCCUCUCCAAUCCUCGACCUCAAUCCUCCGCCGCAUAACAUCCUCCUCCUCCUCACAAUUUCACGAUGAUGCCACAGCAGGGAGCCGGCGGAAUCCCUCCUCAGCAAGCGAUGCCACCGCAGCAAUACCAACAGCAACCUCCGUACAUGAUGAUGAUGCCUCAGGGGGUUCCAUCGCAGCCUCCGCCGGCUGCUAUGUGGAACGGCCAUCAGGCUCAGGCCGCGCAGCAGCCGCCUCAGCAGCAGCAAGUCCAGCAGGGCGGCGACGGCGGCGGUGGUGACGAGGUUCGAACUUUGUGGAUCGGCGACUUGCAGUACUGGAUGGACGAGAACUAUCUGAGUUCCUGCUUCGCACACACUGGCGAGGUUGCUUCAGUGAAAGUGAUACGGAAUAAGAUGACCAAUCAAGCGGAAGGGUACGGGUUUUUGGAGCUCAACAGCCAUGCUGCCGCAGAGAGAAUACUGCAAACCUUCAACGGCACACCUAUGCCGAAUGGUGAGCAGAACUUCAGGCUGAAUUGGGCAUCUUAUGGGGCCGGGGAGAAGCGUGACGAUGGUCCAGAGUACACCAUAUUCGUGGGAGACUUGGCAGCGGAUGUUACAGAUUACUUGCUUCAGGAAACUUUCAAGGUCCGCUAUCCGUCCGUGAAGGGUGCUAAGGUUGUGAUCGAUCGAACAACUAUGCGGACUAAGGGUUAUGGAUUUGUUCGGUUUACUGAUGAAGGUGAACAAAUGCGUGCCAUGACUGAGAUGAAUGGGGUUUUCUGUUCAACAAGGCCUAUGCGAGUUGGGGUGGCUUCUAACAAGAAGACUAUGGCUCCGAGAGGUAUGCCUGUCAGUUAUUUGAUCUUGAUGUAGUCGAUACCAUUUUAUAUGCCUUGUUAUCUUUGCUCUUGUUUAUGUGGUUCCCAAUUAUUAGAUGAUGUAUGUUAGGCUAGGGAGAUAUUCAGUGUACCUUUAGGUUUCACACAGUCUACCAUGGUUUUGGAGCCGGGUUCAGCUUUCCGAGUCUUUUCCUUCCUCUAUCCCCGCUUCAUAUUUGAUAUUCCGGAAGAGUACAUUCUGUUGAGAUGAGGAAACUUCCAUUACUCAUAGAAGUCCUGUUAUCUAAAAUCAGGGGGAGUCGAGAGGCUCUACUGUGGGGGCCUGGAAUUGAUUUCUGCUGAAUCGGUUAUCCUUUAAUACAUGGACUCACUUAGGCUGGUCCUAAGCAGUGUGCUAAGAGGGUGCCUGGGCAAGCCUUAUGCACAGGUACAAGUCUCCAGCUAUUGGAUGCUUGGGAUCCAUUAGGCCAGUUGAGUUCAUGUAGAAGCGCGAGCGCCCAAGCUUCAUUUCAGAAUUCUACCCAGAGGGAUAGCGAGAAUGACCCGAAUAAUACAACUAUUUUUGUUGGCAAUUUGGACUCGAAUGUCACGGAUGACCAUUUGAGGGAACUGUUUGGCCAAUAUGGCCAAUUGGUGCAUGUAAAGAUACCAGCAGGCAAAAGAUGUGGGUUUGUCCAGUAUGCCAAUAGGAGUUGUGCAGAGGAAGCAUUAAAUAGAUUAAAUGGGGCUGAACUGAGUGGUCAAAGUAUUCGACUUUCCUGGGGUCGCAACUCUUCCAACAAACAGUCUGAGGCCAGUAAUCAGUGGAAUGGUGGUGCUGCUGCUGACCAAGCUGGUGGAUAUUACGGCUAUGCACAAGGUUACGAGAACUAUGGUUACGCACAACCUCCGCCACCCCAGGACCCAAACAUGUACUAUGGAGGAUACCCGGCUUAUGCCAAUUACCAACAGCAGCCACCCCAGCAGCAGCAAGUGGGGUAUAAUCAUAGAACCUGAAAAAGGGUUUUCGCCAUUUUUGCAACUUGUUAUGUAGUGAAAGGGUGCACAAACCUAAUCCGACUCGGGGGCAGAGUCUCUAUGUGCCCUACCAGCAGCUCUUUGUGAGUGAACCAGAUUUCAGGGGAUUUUGUGAUAAGACGUAUUUGCUGAUAUCUAUAUGAAAACUAGCACUCAAUUACGCGUGAUCCUACAUAUCAGUGUGUUUUCUAUUAUUUCUAUCUUUUCCCUGCGUAUGGAGGUAAUAUUGGUUCGUUCAAUCGAGAAAUGAGACGAUAGUCUCUAUCUUGGUUUGUUCGAUAGAUGCAGAGAUCUUCAUAUUAUGCCAGAUUAGUCUUGAUUUGGGUUUGUGUUCUAGUCGACGAAUAAUCGUUCGUGUCCUAUUAGGUUUGUUAAUGUUUCGUGUGCGACCUGUGCUUUACUCCUUUCCGCUUUCUGGAAUAAUAUAUAUGAUCUAUCUCAAUCUUGUUAUCC